CGUACCAACUCACCUCCUGCAGCGAUGCCUUCUACAGAACCAAAGAGACCAGUGGUUGGAUACUUCCAAGACAAUUCGGGCUUAUCUGAAGCUAACGAGAAACAGGCGCCCCGAACGUAUGCACAUCAAGAUCGCAAUUUCCAUUCUCAUCCGGACCAGCCAUCAAUCCGCCAGAAAAAUGGUUGGAAUUUCCAGAAACUAGAGCGCCGACUUCAACGAGCGCAAAAGGUCGCUAGACAGGAAUUGCGCUUCCUGGAUGUUACCAACAAAACAAAAGGCACUGUAUCAUCCUUUCCCCGCAGCUCAGAAGAGGUUUGUGAACUCGUCAAAGAGCAGCUGAGUGAAAGGGGCCUCCUUCGCUCUUCAAGAAGAAAUCCCCACGCUCACCCUGCAAGGAAUUUUGCUGCUGAAAGCACUGGCACCGAUGUUUCCCAGGACGAUCGGAUUGGGAAAGAAGUACAGCUACCAAUUUUGGAAGAUCUAGCAUCUAUGUAUUUUGAUAUUCCUGAGAACCGAGUUCAACAAUGCCAACAGGUUGAGGAAGCUCAACAGACACACGAGACUAUGGAGCAAAAUUCAACUGCCGAUCUAUUCUGUAAGAAGACCAUGGAGAAGGAAAGUGCUGGCAAUCGGAUGCGAUCGCACGUCGUUAGAGAAGGAGAAAAUAAGGGAGUUAAGUUUGCGCCGCGGGAAGCGAAGCACUUCGUUCCGCCAAAGUACCCGGAAAAUGUCAAAAAAGGAAAACCAGUGAACAGGCAGGUACGCGUAGUACCGUCCGGAGCUAGUGAAAGAAAGGCAUCCCGGCCCGCCCGCAUCGUAACACAGCCUUCCCCCAUCGCAGCGGACACGGAUAUUAAAAUGCAAAGUGGCAUUGGGAUAGUGUCACAUCACCAAUCAAAGGCAUCAAAAAAUAGUGGCCCACAGCGUCAGAAGUCGAAGGACUUUAUCGUUGAACCUCCAGUCAGGACGAUAGGCAAAUCUAAAACAGGGCUAAAAGUGCAUGAUCGUCGUGUGGAUGCUGCCAAUGCCUGGCAAAUGAAAGAAAGUGAUCAGCGUCUUCAGCGAGCGUAUGAAAAAAUGUUGCGGGAAGCGGCAAUUGAAGAGGAAGUUAACAACAAGCGACGAAAAAGGGGAAGACACCAAAGUCGCCCAGCGAAGCGCAAUGAAGGGUUACCCAUUUCGGUGAACUUGAGAACGGAGUUGCAGCGAUUUCUGGACUCACGGGCGGGCAUGUUAGAUACACGAAAAAGUCUUAUGUCGGGCCAAUCAAGUCCACCACCCCACUCUAAUCCGAAGUCAGAUGCUAGUCCGGAUGCUCUUGAACCACCUGAGGGCAAAGUGCAACUGCAGACUCACGGGGAAACCGCUCGACUUGAACAGCAGGUCGAGGUUAUAGUGGCCCAAAAGAUUGAGCCUUUACUUGCCAAAGCGUUAGAAGAUCUGGAGCAUGCUAUGGGACGAAUCUCGUCGGUACCUGUCACAAGUAAAAGUGAUGUACAAGAGCGGGCGAUCAAUCACGGAUCGGCAACAAUAGAGACAAAGAUCAUACGUAGUCAAUCACCCGUAGCGACGGGGGUUGUCGAAGAUGACGAAAGCCGGGGCUUAGUAUACCUGCUAAGUAAACUAAGAGAGUUGGAAGUUGAAGGGGAACGACUUUUGCACGUCAAAAAGCAUGAUACCGCGGAGGCGCACGAAUCAGCACAAGUUGAAGACGAUGUCGCGCCUCAACAACCAGCUGAACUAGCGGCGGUCAGACCGCGUCUUGCUUUAUCCAUACCCCCUGACGCACUCAAUGGAAUUGAGGAUGGGAGAAUGCGAUAUAUUCGACAUCAGCGCGCCGCCAUCGGCGCCUUGGUUGUGUUACCUUCUGGCGACGAAGAUUUCACAACGAUAGCAGAUUAUAUUGACCCAUGGAAUACUGUGCAAAGCAUUGCGGAUGAGCUUCUUGAUGAGAUUCUGCAAGGAAAUGCAAGUGAGAUUGUACGUGUUGCUGAUGAUUUUGUGGAACGUCUUUUUGAUGAAGAGUUCGAACCAGAAAUAUAAGAAUUAUAAUCUACGUUUAAGACCUUUCACAUGUGCUAUCUUUUAUUCGAAGGUUAAGGUGUUCCAGAAACAUCGAAUUGAAAUGUAAAA